GUUUGCUGAAGUGGUCAGCUGCAGGUGACAGUGGACAGAAGGACACUGGUGGUUUCUGACACCAGGGGGGUUAAGUCUAUUCACUGUCACCAGUAUUCUCUUUCUGCCCAUCAGUGGUCACAUAUUGCACCAGGCUGCAACAUCCACCCCAAAAGAGUCUUCACCAAUAUGGCUAUUACUGACUUUUUAGCUGCCUCGGACAUCACCUCGGCUAUUAAUGCCUGUAAAGCGAAGGAUUCCUUCAGCCCGAAGAUGUUUUUCAAAACAGUGGGUUUAUCCAAGAAAACUCCAACAGAGAUCGAGAGGGUCUUCAAGAUUUUGGACCAGGACAAAAGUGGCUACAUAGAGCAGGACGAGUUACAACUCUUCCUGCAGAACUUCUCCAAAGGAGCGAGGCCCCUGACUGCAGCUGAGACCAGAGCUUUCCUGCUGGAGGGAGACUCGGAUGGAGACGGAAAAAUCGGCUGGGAAGAGUUUUCUGCGCUGGUCAAGUCAUCGUAAAUCACACGUGAGCCCUUUGGUUUGGCGUAUGACGAUAAUCUCAGGGUGGACCUCUUUUUAUAAUGUUUACUAGCUACAGCAAACAAUAUGGAGACUCAUCCUGGGAUUCUUAGGUGUUUAGAGUAAUAAGAUAUGUUGUCGAUUUAAUGGAAAGUAAUGUAAUUAAGUAAUAAAAGCAGACCAUGGUUUAAAUCUCGUCUCUCUGCUAUGUGUCUUUCCCUGGCAGAAAAGUGAAUAAAUAAAUAGAAAUGUUCAUCCAUGAAAUGUUAGUAGUUUUUUCCUGCUUGUAUUGAGUUUCUUGUCAACAGAUAAGAAGAAUUAUCUCAUGUGUCUCAUGUUAUCAUGUUAUAUUGAGCACUGGGAGAAGUCCAGCCUGUACAGGAGGCUUUGGUUUCUCUAAUUAACGGCGUGAGCAACUUUCCACCGUGCAAAUGAAGUGUUUGACAUUCUGGCAUACUCAAUUUGACACCUUAGAUGGAGUAAUUUGGUGUAAAUUAUAUGUUUACACAUGGACAACAUGUACACAGCACUGAACCAGUUU